AUGGCGCAUCACCAGGACAGUCGAAAUCACACGGGGGUCGGCGCGUCAUCCUCCGCCACCCAACUUAAGGAUUUGAAAAUCGCCGGCGUGUGGAAAAUUGGACGGAAAAUCGGUUCCGGCUCCUUCGGGGAUAUCUACAAAGGCGUGAACUUGCAAACCGGCCAGGAGGUUGCGUUGAAGGUCGAGAGCACAAAAGCGAAGCAUCCGCAGUUGCUGUACGAGUACAAGCUUCUGAAACAUUUGCAGGGAGGCGCCGGCAUUGCUCAGGUCUUCUGCUGCGAGACAGAGGGCGAUCACAACAUCAUGGUGAUGGAGCUGCUGGGGCCCUCCCUAGAGGACGUCUUCAACUUGUGCAAUCGAACGUUCUCUCUCAAAACCAUUCUCCUUCUUGCAGAUCAAUUUCUGCAGCGCGUCGAGUACAUUCACUCUAAAAACUUCAUUCACAGAGACAUAAAACCCGACAACUUCCUUCUCGGCAAUGCUGGCCACCAAAACACGAUCUACGUCAUCGACUUCGGGCUGGCGAAGAAGUUCCGAGACCCAAAGACGCACCAGCACAUCCCGUACAGAGAAAACAAAAACCUCACGGGCACGGCGCGGUAUGCGUCCAUCAGCGCACAUCUCGGCUCCGAGCAGAGUCGCCGCGAUGAUUUGGAGGCCGUCGGCUACGUGCUCAUGUACUUUUGUCGAGGCGGAACGCUGCCGUGGCAGGGAAUCAAGGCGAACACGAAACAGGAGAAAUACCACAAAAUCAUGGAGAAGAAGAUGUCAACGCCCGUCGAGGUGCUGUGCAAGGGAUACCCAAGUGAAUUCGCCACUUACUUGCACUACUGCCGUUCCCUCCGAUUCGAGGACCGCCCCGACUACGCCUACCUGAAGCGUCUCUUCCGAGAUCUCUACAUUAAGGAAGGCUACGACGAGAGUGACCGUGAAUUCGACUGGACGGUGAAGCUUUCGUCUCGCAAUCUCGGCCCGCCGAGCAGUCGAACGCAGCACGCCAUGUGCAGUCAAGACACCCGAACGCGGACGAAACGUGACGCCGAUCGACCUGUUGGAGCGCGAAGUGGCGAACGCGAUCGACCUCACCACUUCAGCAACGGGAACGUGGGCAAUCCGUCGAUGGCGACGAACCCUGGAGGCCUGUCACUCAUGGUUCAGGAACGCACCAGUCUGGUAGACCAGGGAGACCGGGCGUCGCGUGAAACGUCAACACGGAAAGAGGAGACGUAA